CUGCGCGUCCUGAACAAACUGCUGUUUGUAUGAAAGCGGAAGAGGACAGUGCGCUAGUGGAUUGUGUUAAAGUGGUAGAAAACGCGGUUUUUGUUAAAUAAGGGUUUGAAUAAAUAAGAAAGGGAAGUGUGUAUUAGUGGGAUGGAGGCUGAGAUCUCGACGCCGGAGGAGAGAGGAGUGAGCGCGGCGCAGAGACGAGCAGAAAUCCGCCGCAGGAAACUCUUAAUGAACUCCGAGCAGAGGAUGAACAGAAUAGUGGGCUUUAAUAAAAAUGACGGAGAAAACAGCGAAGUCCAGCGUGUAACAGAGCCACGGUUCCAUCUGGACUUGGACAGGAACGAAUGUUUCUCCUCCUCUGUGUCCACUAAAAGGGUGUCUCCGUUUGUCUCAGAGGCCCGGAGCGACGGAUCCGUGUUAGAUGAGAGGAGGGAGGAGGAGGGGGAGGAUACAGAGCGAGGGGUUCGACUCAGGCCACGGGGGGAGACGUCAAGUGAAGAGCGCUCUCGCUCCCCUCGCAGGGGCAUAAACACCUACCUGUCUCGCUUUGAUGAUGCAAUCAAGCUGCGGGGCCAACUGACCAGUGAGAAGGCGUCUCAGGAGAGCAGCACAGAUGUGGACGAGUUCGACUCGUUUCGGCUUUUCCGGUUACUUGGCAGCGUGGUGUUAGCCGUGUGUGUGCGCAUAUUUGUCUGUCACUACCUGUCCAUAUUCGCACCCUUUCUCACCCUGGAACUCGCCUACAUGGGCUUAUACAAAUACUUCCCAAAGGUGGACAGGAAGAUGAAGACGACGGUGCUGUCUGCGGCGCUGCUCCUCUCAGGGAUUCCAGCCGAAGUGAUUAGUCGCUCAGCAGAAACCUACAGGACGAUGGGAGAUGUCUUCUCUGAUCUCUGUGUUUAUUUUUUCACCUUCAUCACCUGCCACGAGAUCAUCACUGCUUUCUCCUCUCAUUCCACCUAAAUAAUGUGCAUGCUUUACACAACACACGCACGUCAUACACACAAGUGUGUUUAUUCCAAUUUAACGCAGUAUUCCAAUUCAGCUUUCAGCACUUCCCCUUGGUUAAGUCCCUCUGGUCAUUUUAAGCGUUGCUCUGUUACUUUAUCAGCCGUUCACCAGUUCAAGCUGUUUACAAAGGAACUUUUAACAGACCUGACAGUCAUAUGAUUGGAUUUUAAUCCUCCAUCUUUACAGCUGGAGGUGCACUACUGCUCAAUGCUAACGACUUAGCUUGCUAGCUAAUUAGCAUGAUAGCUAGGCAGCAAACUUUACAGAAAGUGUGUGUGUGAGAGUCUUCAUUGCAAUGUUCUCUCUGCAGAGUGUGUUCCUAUUCAACAUCCCUACAUACUCCACACUACACACUUCUCCCUUUGGACUGUUAGUUCACACUUCAUAGUUAUGCUGCUGAUGUACACUUAAGAGUUAUUAGGGGAGGAAGUAAAUGUGUUCGUGUUUGCUGUAAUGCAAGUUAAACUGAUGUGUCAUAGUGUUUUGCUCCUCAGUGUGUUGCUGGCUUAUUUGUGAUGUGACAGUGUUUUGGGAAAAUUUUUAAACUUGAUGAUUAAUGUUACUAUUUAUGUUGCUUCAUUUUUUUUUGUAAUUAUUCUGUAUUAGAAACACUGCAAAAUUACUCUUCAUAAUAAGAGCGUGUGAACAAUAAACAGUAAACAGUC